AAUACAAUGAUAAUCCGUAAAAUCGAAAUCCAGUCGUAUAGUGACCUUGCGUAUCUGGUUCCUAAAUUCCAGACGGUAGAAGGCAUAACCAAAGAACAGAAUCGCAAGGUUUAGCAAAUUUUACAAAAAGAUUGUUUCCGUCAAAAUGGCUAAUAAAGAACAAAUGGACAUGUUAGAGUCAAUGUGGCGGCUGAAAGAGGAAGUUGCUAAAAAGAGAGAGACCACGCCUAAAUCCCAACUGAAGUGUGUUAACUGCCAACACCAUCCGACGGUGUUUCAUAGCGACAAUGCAAAGAAAGAAUUUGAAGAAAUUUCCCAGUUAUGCGGGGCAUGUUGGGAAGUAAUCACACUGCCACCGGAUGCCGACGAAUACGAAGUGGAGAACGCCAAAGAAAUUCUGAGGCUGCAGAGUCGAGAGUUUCAUCAUAAUCCGCGAGGAUGGACGUGCUUAACGUGCCAGAAACGUAUGAACCAUCGGUUCAUGCAUGACAAAUGCAGUUGCCUUUCAUCUUGAGACUGCCAAAUUGCUAACCAAAUUCGAAACUCCCGUUUUUUUCGGAGUCCUGUUUUGGCGAAGGAGUACCAACUUUGACCUUUUAUGAUUCGCAUGGCUAGUACUGUACAUAACUGACUGUCACUAGAAGUAGAGUGCUUGGGCCUUUUGUCGAUAGAGCGCUGCACGAUAAGAUAUUUGAGCAUUGUGCGUAUAAUUUUACUACAAUAAUGGCUAAAGUGAAUAAAAUUAUUUUAGUUAAA